AUGACAGAAGUGCAGCCUGUGAAUAUUAACUACUCAAAUCACUUCUGGGGAGACAAAAAUCAUGGUUUUCAAAUUCUUUAUUACAAUUUGAAAAAGGGAGAGGAUGCUAUAAAUGAGGUUGCACAGUUUGUAAAGGAGAGAUUAACAGUAGAAGAAGAAUAUACUAAAUUACUGAAUAGGACUGUGAAUAGGGUAGGGUCAGUUUUGUCUAAUGGAAGCUCAAUUGAUACAGCAUGGUCGCUCACCAAAAGCACAUUUGAAAUAUUGUUGGAUGUACAGACGAUGAUGGUUAAAAACUUGCAGGAUCUAUCCAGAGAAGUAGCUAAGUAUAAGGAGGAACUUAACAAAAAUAGAAAAGAAAUUAAAAAUCAAACGAUUGUAGAUGCAGUUAAUCUCAUGCAAACGACUACUACUUGUCUUCAGAAGGCCAAAGAGACAUAUCAAGCUCGCUCCUCCGAGUUAGACAAACUCAAAAAAGAGUCAAAUCUCAAUGUUAAAGAGAUUAAUAAGGCUGAAACGAAGUUGUUAAAAGCUCGAGAUGAAUACCGGGCUUACAUUGACAAGUACGAAGUCGUUCGUAUUGAUUUUGAAGAAAAAAUGACGAGAGCUUGUGAGGUUUUCCAAGAUCAUGACAAAACGAACUACAGGACCCUUCAUCGCUUUUUGGAACAGUAUGCUGCUCAUCACCAAGAAGCUUUCUGUAGUGCUCAACAACUUUGUGGACAAUUGAGAGAAUCUUUGCAGCAGAUUAACAUCGAGGAAAUCCUUUUGCAAUUUGCCACUGAGAAAGGCACUGGUACUGAACGACCAAUGCCUAUUGCUCCUGAAGAGUUAGAAGCUUUAGAGUCUCUUCAAGUGUCUGUUAAUGUCUCUGCCCCCUCUGUAUCAGUCACCAACCCUAAUGCUAUUCAAUCCAAUCCUGUUCCUCCAUCAACUGCUUCGAACGACUCCCUCACGCUAGGGGAUUUGGAAAAUUGGGGAGGUGCUGAGAAGAAAGCUACAACUCAGAAUUCACCGACUGACUCCCAAAAUAGUGAUUCUACCGUAGGAGCUCCAACAUCUAUUUUCUCAUCUUCGUUGGGAGGUAAUGGACAGAAGAAGUUGUCGAUGUUCUUACCUAAACGGAAAAAAACUGUCUCGCAGAGUAGUAUUGGAGAAGAAACAGAGACCACCGGAGGUUUUUUUCCCGACGAGUUCAAUUUAUAUUCAAAUGUUAAAGGAUUAUUCAAAUUUCGUCAGAAUCGUCGAUCUAAAAAAUCUACAACUGAUCUCACAGCAGUUGAUAGAGCUGAAGCAUUAGGAAUGGAAGAUGCUCAUAGUACUGCCAGCAGUUCAAAAAGUGACGAUAAGCAUCAGAAUGGCAGUAUUAGUCUGUUAGAUACUCCUGUUGUUAAUAAGCCGAAGGUUGACGACGAAGGUUUUUCUAUUCCUCAUAUAGAGAAUACUGACAAAGAAGACACGAAUUGGUCUAGCUGCAGUAGCGACGAGGACGAAAAUGAAAUGCAACAGUCGAAAAUUAGAGCUAUCACUAUAAAACCAGCGGAUUCCGUGUCAACAAUGAAUGCUUCUGUUGAUGAGCUCAGGGAUGCUAUAGGUCAUAUUUCUAUCGGUCGGAGCAACACUUUUGACAAGGAUCCUUGGGGAACUUUUGGUGGAAAUAAACCUCCAGUCUUCUCUCAAUCUUUAUCAGGUGGAAGCUUGAAGCCUCUUCGACAGGCACAUACGGGUGAUGGACGGUUUCGUUCUAACUUUAGUGAAUCAGAAUUCAGUAGAAGUAAUGUUCCGUUAAACUUUUCCGCGUCCUGUGGUCCUGUGGCCGGAAUGGCUCGGGCUCGCCCACGUAGUAACACACCGACCCAUAACUCUAGCUUUGCUCUUUCUUCUCAACCUUCCCUAUCGAACUUUAACAAGGAAGCCAAUGAAAGCCAAGAUUGGGGGUCUUCAUUUACUAUUAAUAAUACGGGUUCACAGCAUUCCCUAGGAGAGUCUUACUUCAAUCUUUCACAAUCUACAGCCAAUUUGAUGCAGGCUACAAUAAGUGAGCAACGGGUUCCUAUAGCUAUGGCCAUUAAUGAAUAUGCGCAUGUUUGGUUCAAAGGAGCUGAAACAUCUGACAAAACGCAACGUAACUUCGGAACUGUGAUGAUAUCUUUCGCUGUCUCAUCUCUAGCAUUGCUCACUGACAUGCAUAAUGAUAUCGAGCCUCUUCAAUUCUCAUUAAACAACGCUUCGGGUAUAAAAGCGAUCCUGCCUAAUAAACAGUUACUCCUCCCUCCAUCUACAGCUAUAGUUCCGGAUGCUACUUCUUAUCUGUACACAUUCGACAAGUUAGGACUAGCCAAUUGGCUUCUUUCUCAACAAAAAGAAAAACCAAAAUCUCCGUUUUUCAAUGCUGAAGUGUUGAGAUAUGAGCUUCAUGAAAAGCCCGAGGGAAACGAUCCCCCUCUUUUUCUAACAGCUUAUUGGAAAUGCGAGGAUAAACAUACUGACCUACGUAUUGAUUAUAGACUUAAUGAGGACUCUAUUAACACACUGUUGAACGUAUCUUUCAAAACUAAAAUUAAUGCAAAAGUUUCCAAUCUAAACUCAGACCCUACUGCUAGUUGGAACUCUGAUACUUCAGAACUUGUAUGGUCCAUAACAGAACUUUCGAAACAUGGAGAGUGUUCUGGCUCGUUAAAGGCGCGCAUUCAUCUUCACGAUGGCGAAAAGACAACACCAGGCCAAACACAUGCCCAAUUUAAUGGUGCUGAAAUAAUAUCUGGCGUGAAUGUUGCUUUGGAAUCAUCUGAUACUUAUCACCUGUCUAUGAUUCGUAAGAAGUUGUUGGCAGGAAAGUAUUUUUGUGAACCAGAGAUUCGAAAGUGA